UGAUGUACUCAGUCAGUAGCACUUCUAGCCUCCACCUUUACUUCCUAAACCUUUGACACUUUUACUCUCUCCAUUGUGCAAUACAAAUCGCACGCUGCUCAAGCCUUCGCCAUGAGCGACUCAAACAGCUCGAACAAGCGCGCCAGCAACGACUCUGAGGAACCGACAUGCCAGAAGAAGGCGCGAACUUUCAGUGACGAUGGAGCACCUGUCGAGUCCGAGCCCGUCACCAUCUUGGCAGGCGAAUCGGAAGACAAGUUCUUCGUGCACGCACAUCUCCUCGAAUUGAGCUCCGGGUUCUUCCAGAAGGCGCUCAACAAGGAAUGGAAGGAGGGCCAGGAGCGCGUGGUUAGGUUGCCGAACGUCGAUGUUGAUGUGUUCAGGAUCUACGCCAAAUGGCUGUACACUGGACGAUUCCAUUGCUUGGAUGGGUCCACAGAUGUGAAACUCUUGGCUUGCGAUGAGCUGGGAAAUUUUCUCCACGCGCCAGACUUCCUCGACGCUUUCGUCGACGUCAUACUAGAGCAAACAGCCCAACUUGGAACCCCGACCUUUCUCUCAAGCAGCAUCUAUCCCAGGUCUGUCAAAGAUUCUCUACAUAGGAAGCUAUGUCGAGAUCUGGUCGUCUACAGGUGGGGUUAUCGCAAUUUCGACACCCUUCGAAGCCACGCUAUUCCCCGCGAGUUUCUUGAAGAUGUUUUGCUCGAUAUGAAAAGAAACUUCGAUCAGGGGGUCACGCGUUUGUCGUUUUCCCGAUUUAUUAAAGACAAAGAUGCUUGCUAUUACCACGAGCACACUCGACUCAACACACCCUGCUACAAGACCAAGUAUGGCAUCUAGGCCUCUAAGAAUGGAUGAGGCAAUUCUACAUGCCGAUUUCGCAUUGCUGAUGGACGGACUAGAAAUUUCGCUGGCGCCUCAGUCUUCGCAAAGAAUAUAUGCCCGAC